AUGCCAAGCACGAUACGCACGGGCAAGAUCGGCCUACGCGCAUACCUUCACGCCAUCAACAAGUCCGACUCCGACCAAUGCGAAUGCGGCCACGGGUCGCAAACCGUACGGCACGUCCUCCUCGAGUGCCGAAACUGGGCGGACGAACGACAUCGAAUGUGGGCAGGCAGGGCCCCAUGCAUCGAGAUCAAACGCAUUCACCGUAGCCCGUCAAUGGCAGUACAAGCAGCAAAGAUGAUCUUGAGGACUGGACUGCUGGGACAAUUCCGGGCAGUACCAUCCACGGUACUAAAAUACACAUAG